CCUCUCAGCCUGUUCAACCCAUACAGCAGCCUCUUAGCCCGCCUCUGUCGACUAUUGUCACCAAAAAAAAAGGUCAAAAAUAACAUCUAAUACUAAAAACCACCUCUUAUAAGUUCAUAGGGAAAUAAAUUACAAUAGUUUGCAGCAUCGUCUUCAAGAACUUCAUCGUCACCUCAUUGCGAUCAGACACUCUAUUGAGCAUCCAAGCACAUCAUCAGAAACGUCAAAAAGACACUUCCCUCUGCAUACAGUGACACAGACGUCGGAGCAAUAAUGGCGGCGGCGGUGGUAGUCACGUUGAAGACGUUGUUUAUCUUAUUAGCUUUGACGAUGACAGCUCUAGCUGUUUGGGCAAUCGGCACGCAUGGUCUCGCUGCUUGUGUUGACCUAACUUCAGGGUGGUUGGUAGUGACACUGAUAAACUUUUACAUAAAUCUUGGUGUUAUACUGGCUUGGAUAGUCUACAAGGAAUCAAGCUGGAUCAAGGCAGCUGUAUUGAUACCUGUUGUACUUUUUGCAGGAAGCCCUAUUACGAGUGCAUACGUGGCUCUACAGUUCUUUAAGUUGUCACCAGAAGAAUCAUCAAAGGAUCCAUUAUAUUUUGUGUUGGUGAGACAUCAAAAAAAGGAUGACAUGGGAUACAAGAGGGGACAUUCUGUUUUAAUUGCAAAAAUAAUUAUUUCUUCACUAGGCUGCUUGAUGCUGGGAACUUUUAUUUAUGUGCUUAUUGUUGAUAGAUCUCCAUUCAAUGCCAGUGUAUUAUCAAGGUGCAUGAUGGCAACAACAACCGAUGUCUAUUUCUGUAUUGUCACUAUAGCAGUGUGGAUUGCAUAUAAGGAAUCAAGUUGGAUAAGUGCUUUCUUUUGGAUACUUUCACUUCUAUGUUUUGGAGGCAUUGCUACAUGUGUAUACAUAUUGCGGGAGUUUUUUUACCUUUCACCUCAGCAACCACUUUCCGCCAUACUUUUUACUAACAAAGACUUGUUGUCAAGUGAUCCACUGUUGAUGGCGCAUACCAAUGUAUAAUCAGGGUCUGCAGCAGUUUGUUUUUUUUUUUCAAGUGUAUGUUUUUAUGAUUUCAAGAAAGAUGAAAUUAAUUUCCUGAACAUGAUGAUGUUUGAAUUAAUAAGUUCAUUAAAUAACUUUAUUCACCUUUGAUCGGGUUAAUUGCAUCCUGGCGUUGAGCAAAUUGAAGCGGACAAUAUUAG